AUGUCGGGUGAACUUAUUCAAUUGAGUGCUGGACAACAAGUACAAAGAUGGAAAAUCGAAAAGAAACUCGGUGAAGGGGGAUUCGGUGCCGUGUAUCGUGUCUUCGAUUCAUCUGGAAAAUAUGCGAUGAAAGUUGAAGGAGCCAAUGAGGAAAUUCAAGUACUGAAACUGGAAGUUUCUGUGCUUACUGAGCUGUCAAAACGUGGAAAUCGUCAUUUUUGCCGUAUUGAAGAUAAGGGAAGAUUCAAGAAUUUCAAUUAUGUUGUGAUGACUCUUGUUGGAAAAUCAUUGGAAGAUUUGAGAAAGGCUGGGAAUGGAGGUCAUAUGUCAAUGGGUUGUUCAAUUGGAAUUGGUAUUCAAGCAUUGGAAGCACUCGAAGAUUUACAUGGAAUUGGCUAUUUACAUCGAGAUGUUAAACCAGGAAAUUACACAAUUGGACGACCGGAAUUGAAUGAAAUUCGAAAAGUUUAUAUACUCGAUUUUGGAAUGUGUAGGAAGUUCACAGGAACAGAUGGAACCAUCAGAAAGCCACGUCAAGCUGCAGGUUUUCGUGGAACUGUCAGAUAUGCUCCAAUCAGUUGUCACAUGCAAAAAGACUUGUGUCGAAGUGAUGACCUGGAAACUUGGAUGUAUAUGCAAGCGGAAUUGUCUUACGGACGACUUCCAUGGGCUCAUAUCAACGAUAUGGCUCAAGUUGGAAAGCAGAAACAAGCCAUUCGAAAGAGUGUCGAUAAGUUGUUCCCUUCACCUUGUCCACGUGAAUUUCAUGAUAUUUUUAAUUAUGUAAGCAGAAUGAAAUAUUAUGACAAUCCUGAUUAUCAAAUGAUUUAUGGGAAAAUGCGUCAAUCGUUCUCUUCUACUGGAUCAAGUGAACAGGCACCGUACGAUUGGGAAGCUGGCGGUCCUGCAUCUCAUGUUCUUCGUUAA